AAGCUGUUGUAAAUAACUCUGGUGUCAAGUAGUGCCGAGGGCGGAGUCUUUAAGCCGCAGUCGCACCUGCUCGCUGGACCCGUGAAGCCACCAGAGUUUAGCACAGUUAUAACAAUCAUGUUUUUAUUGUUGAUUUUUUUUAAUGCUGUUUGCACGCUAAAUGUAUUCACGAUUGCCGCCACCGUAUACGAUCAGAGUCAGACAGGAGAGUUAAAUGUCCAGGUGGAGUUGAAAGAUCUACAAAUUAUAGCUUUAAUGAAGAACGGCAAAGAAGAAUACGUGGAUUACGAUUACGCCUACGAUUACUCAGAAAUGACGAUCAAACCACAGAACGGUACUACACCAAAACCGUUUAAUGUAAGCAGUAGCACUCAUACAGAUGUUUUAAAAGAUAACAUCACCACAAUCGGAACAACGGCCUUUGCAGAAACGACGGUUGAACCUGUAAAAAAUAGCACCGGACAAAGCUUAGGAACAGUCACCGUAACUGAACAUUCGAUAAUUAAUGAGUCUACUACACCAACAAAAAUCGUAGUGGAAAAUACGACUAAAACGGAGUUUUCCGAAAUCACCGUGGCUCCGGUCCACUCAUCUACGAAUGGUACGAUAUGUAAAAAAGGUUUCAUAUUAAACCAAAAGGGGAGCUGCGAAUUUAAACUUCAAUCCGCCUCAAAUGCAUUGCUUAAAAUAAUCAAAUUAUCUCAAAAACUAAAGAGAAGAGAAAAUAGAAAGGACAAAGCUCAACAAUGAAAAUACUGUAACCGUAAGCCACUAGGAAGCUACUGAUUGUCUCAGUCGUAAUGCAAUGGUUGAUUGAAGGCAAAGACAAUAUAUAAGACUGCAAUAAAUUAUAUUUCAUUAUAAUUAAAUGUGCUCAUUUCAACCCUAACAAAAUUAAAUAAUAUGUUCAUGUCACAUAUGUUAAUUAAUGCCAAAUAUAAAAUCUGUAAGUAAUAAAAUGGCAUGUUGAGACCAUUGGUAAGUGAAAAGAAGUGUCUAGGUAUGUCUUGUACAGUUUGAAGUUAAUUAACAUUCACUUUUACACCUGUGUAAAUAAGUAUAUAGUAGGUGGAUAUAUACAACUUAUCAUUUUACUUUUAUUUAAUUUUAUACUUGAGAUAAUAAUAAUCACCAAAAUUAUUGAUGAAUAAAUUUGAUUAUUUAAAAGUAUUUAAAUUCAAUUUCAAAUUCAGUUUACUCAAAAGUCUAAAAACACAUUAAUAAUGACUGAAUAUUAUAGGAUUUAAAAAUAAUUACUGUCAAGAACAGACACAACUUUACAUUGAUAAUUCAUAUAAGAUCCCAAAUAAUAUAACCAUAUUAUAUUUCUUUAAUUUUUUUUCAGAGUUUAUAAUACACUGUAUUUAUAAACUCCAUGAUUAACAUGUAUAAGCUUGUUUCUACAGAUAGUUCUGUACUUAUUAUAAAAAGUUAUGAACAACAUAAAUUAAAAAUGAUGGCAGUAAACUUUAAUAAUAUGUAAAAAUUGGUAUAUCAUGGUACCCUCCCAACCCAAACCCACAAAUUACAUAUUUACAGAAAAUGUGUAAGAAUAUUAAGUCGCUUCGUAUAUAUUAGACAAGGGACGGGCAACAAUUUCCUCAAUUUUGUACUAUGUAUAUAGGUAAGACAAAUACUUCAGUGGGUAGUAGUAAUACACACAAUCUGCUUAAUUCACAAUACUUGUCAUGACUAUAACAAAAGAAAAAAUACUAUUGGUAAAAUUAAAGUUUACAAAGACAAAACAAGAGAGGAACAAAAGCACCAAUGGUUAUAAAUACUGGGAUGAGCACAGAACUUUCAUCCAUUGAAUAAGGAUCUGGUUGUUUAGGCCCACUAGCUCUGCGUGUUUUAGUACUUUUUUCUUCAAUCUCCUCUCUCUGUUCUUCUGCUUCAUUUUCAUGCCAUACCAAAGGUGGGAGUUUAGGUACCUCAUCUAUAGUACCUCUCAUAACAUACAAAGCAUUAAUCUUCGGAUUAUCUCUAUAGCCUUUGAUAAAUUCUACUUUGAUUUUGCCUCCACGUAUAUCUGAUUCUUCUUCAUUAUAGUAUAAUUUACCAUUUUUAAUGGAGUAUGGAAUAUACUCAUCGUGAGCAACCCCUCGGCCAACUUUGUCGAAAAUGUCUAAGUCGGCAACAAUAGUGUGGUCUCCGUUAAGGACCACAUCAAACACUUUCAUAUUUGGAGCACUAAAGUAAACUUCACUAAAUUUCAAUACCAACACAUAAUCACCAUCUUUAUUGGCAGGUAUAUCGUAGCCGAAAGUGCUGUGAUGGUAUCUCUCUGUUUGGUAUAAUAUUUCGUCUUUUGGAUUAACUCGUCCAAUCAUAACCAAUUGUUUCCCGUAGUCAGAAGCGGUGCCAACUCUACCUUGUAAAGGAUCUUUUUCAUAAUGAACACCGUAUAUAUCAGUAUGUGCAGGACCACCAGCGUUAAUUGCAUAAAUGAUUUCACCUAAUCCAGUUGCACUUCUUAGCCAGAAACACAAUAUUGAUGUAAAAAUUAGAAUUGACAUGUUGGAACACAACACAAAUAAUUAACUUAAAGUUUUUCACUUGGGAAAAAUAUUUCGAUUUAUUUUGUAUGUAUUAUCAAUACAUUUCCGUUGAAAAACAACGCCUUGUUUUCAGAAAAGAAUAUUUCUUAAAAAAUAGCCAAUCAACCGGUAU